GCGGUGGCGGUGGCGAUGUCACCGGUGACGGAGGAGGAGCUGACUCUGACAGUAAAAUGGAGCGGGAAGGAGUACACUGUUAGAGUCUGCGGCGACGAUACGGUGGGAGAGCUAAAGCGGCGUAUUUGUGAGGCCACAAAUGUGUUGCCCAAACGCCAGAAGCUUCUCUACCCUAAAGUCGGUUCCAAACUCGCCGAUGAUACAUUCCUUCUGUCGCAAAUCCCUCUCAAAGCCUCCCUCAAAAUGACCAUGAUUGGUACUGUUGAAGAUGAAAUAAUUGUGGAUCCUGUGGACUCUCCGGAGAUUAUCGAUGAUUUUGAAAUUGGACAAGUUGAAGCGAUUGACAUUAAAGAUAAUGAAGUCAAUAAACAGAAACUAAGGCGGCGGAUUGAGCAGUACAAGAUUGAACUACGCAACCCGUGUCGAGAAGGUAAAAAGCUGCUCGUUCUGGAUAUUGAUUAUACCUUGUUUGAUCACCGGUCGACGGCAGAGAACCCACUGGAAUUAAUGCGGCCUUAUCUUCAUGAAUUUCUUUCGGCCGUUUACGCGGAGUAUGACAUCAUGAUAUGGUCUGCCACCAGGUCAAAUUUUUUCCCUUUU